GCGAAUAGCGCGCCACGUCGCAGCAAGUGCGCCCGCCCGCCCGCCGAAUAGCACACCGCGGAGGACACCGUAAUGUGACGUCACAGUGCAGCGUGAAGCGGCGUCAGCAUGUGGACGGCUCUGCUGCUGGCGGCAGCGACCGCGGCGGCGGGCGCGGCGUGCUGGUUCCUGCGCCGCAGCGCGUCCCACUGGGCGCGGCGCGGGCUGCCCUACCUGCGGCCGCACCUGCUGCUCGGCAACGCGGCCGGCUUCGCGCUCAACCGGCAGACUUGCGGCCAGGUGUUCGGCGAGCUGUACGCGCGCCUGCGCGGCCACCCGCUGGCCGGCAUCUUCCUGCUGUGGCAGCCCGCGCUGCUGGUGCGGGACCCCGCCAUCGCGGGCCGCGUGCUCGUCAGAGACUUCCAGUGCUUCCGGGACCGCGGCCACCGCGCCUCCGACCCCAUGCUGCAGGACCUGUUCUUCCUCAGGGGCGACCGCCGCUGGCGGACCCUCAGGGACAGCCUCGAGCCCGGGUUCGGACCGAAAGGCGCCAGGCACGUGUUCUUCCUGCUGGACGAGAUGGCACAACGUCUUUUGAAGGUGCUGGAGGCUCCAGCAGAGCGGCUCCUGGAGCUGGACGUCUACGACCAGAUGCACCGUUUCGUCAUCGACACGGUGGGGACGUGCGCUUUCGGCGUGGAGUUCGAGUCCAUGCUGAACUACGACUGCUUCGUCGUGAAGAAGACGAGGCGCAUGACCAGCGGCUCGCUCCUCAGAAGGAUCAGAAAGACCCUGGUUCUGGCGGUGCCCGACGCGGCCAGGGCGAUGGGCGUCAGCUUCCUGCGCUCCGGCGACGCCGACGUCUUCCGCUGGCUGACGGCAGAGAUCGUGGCGCACCGCCGCCGCCACAACGUGCGGCGCAACGACCUCAUGCAGCUGCUGAUGGCGCUCGCCGCCAAGGAGGACGCCGGGGACUCCCCACAGUCCGACUUCGGCGGCGACAUGCUGGCGUCGCAGGUGAUGAUGCUGUUGAUGCUGGGCCGCCACAAGGUGGCCACCACGCUCGCCUUCUGCCUGCACCAGCUGGCCGUCCACCACGAGGUGCAGACGCGGGCCCGGCUCCAGGUGGACACCGCGCUGCGCAGGCACGGCAAGGAGCUGAGCCUGGAGGCGCUCGCAGACAUGCCCUACCUCGACAUGGUGCUCUCAGAGACGCUGCGGCUGCACCCGCCCAUGUCCAACCUGUCGCGCAGCUGCACUGCGCCCUACACCUUCCCCGGCACGACGCGGCUGGGGGACGGCGCGCUGCACCUGCGGCCGGGCGAGGCGCCGCUGCACAUCCCCAUCUGCGCCCUCCACCGCGACCCCGGCUACUUCCCGCAGCCCGAGCGCUUCGACCCCGAGCGCUUCGGCCCGGACCAGCUGGCGCGCCAGACGCCCUACUCCUACCUGCCGUUCGGCGCGGGGCAGCGCUCAUGCCUCGGAGAGCGGCUGGCCCUCCUGCUGAUGAAGACGACCUUAGCGCGGCUGCUAUCCCGCUACGAGCUGUUCCAAAGCCCGAGAACAGAGUACCCUGCGCCCAUAGACCCGCGUCUGCUGUUGCUGCACCCCAAAGGUGGACUCUGGGUCAAGAUCUCCAACAGGCACUGGCUACCAUGCGACUAAGCGAGAGGAACCUGUCUGGUUCUCUGACUUAUACUCCUCAUGGUGGAUUUCGUUUCCCAAUUCGAAGAGCGAUUCAUCUGUGACCAUAGAUCCAUGUCUGCUGACACCGCUUCCCAGAGGUGGGCUGUGAGUCAAGGAAUCCGACAGGCACUAGUUGCCAUAUGCCUAGCAGGUGUGGGAACCAACAUGAAGCUCCUGCUUGUACCCCUCAUCGUGGAGCUGAUGUCCCAGCUGCAGGACCAACUACUCAGCGCCCUCAGACUGAUGUCUGCUGUGCUGCACCACAGAGGUGGCCUGCAGAUCAGAACCUCCAACUGGCUGACCUGAGACUAAGUGGGCCAGAAGCUUACCUGGUGUUCCCACUCGUAACUCUUCUACUGGAUCCCCUUACACAGCACUGCUACCGACUACUCAUUGCUCUCAGAACCAUACUUGCUGACUCUCCAACACACCAAUGGGCUAUGGGUCACGAUCUCCAGCGACAUCUGCAGAUCUGCCAUGGGAGUAAGCGAUGUAGGAGCCUAUCUGGUUUCCUCAUACACCUCCUGGUUGAUUUUGUUUCCCAAACCUAACAUUGACCUCUGAUACCGAUAAACCCAUGUCUGCUGAUGCUGUACCCCAGAAGUAGGUUAUGGGCUAACACCUCCUACAAGCACUGGUUCCCAUGUGAAAAGUAGGUGGUUGUAAAUGUACACACAGCUGCCACUGGUAUCCCUCAUGGCUGAUCUCAUUCUGCAGCACCAACCACCCAGUGGGCCUUGACCCAUAUAUUUUUGUGCUGCAUCCCAGAGGUGGACUGUGGGUCAAGAUCUCCAACGGACAUGCUGAGACUUGCUGACCUUCCAACACAGCAAUGGGAAAUGGGUCACGAUCUCCUGUGACAUCUGCAGAUCUGCCAUGGGAGUAAGCGAUGUAGGAACCUAUCUGGUUUCCUCGUGCACCUCCUGGUUGAUUUUGUUUCCGAAACCUAACAAUGACCUAUGAUGCCGAUAAACCCAUGUCUGCUGAUGCUGUACCCCAGAAGUAGGUUAUGGGCUAAGACCUCCUACAAGCGCUGGUUCCCAUGUGAAAAGCAGGUGGUUGUAAAUGUACACACAGCUGCCACUGGUAUCCCUCAUGGCUGAUCUCAUUCUGCAGCACCAACCACCCAGUGGGCCUUGACCCAUAUAUUUUUGUGCUGCAUCCCAGAGGUGGACUGUGGGUCAAGAUCUCCAACGGACAUGCUGAGACUUGCUGACCUUCCAACACAGCAAUGGGAAAUGGGUCACGAUCUCCUGUGACAUCUGCAGAUCUGCCAUGGGAGUAAGCGAUGUAGGAACCUAUCUGGUUUCCUCGUGCACCUCCUGGUUGAUUUUGUUUCCGAAACCUAACAAUGACCUAUGAUGCCGAUAAACCCAUGUCUGCUGAUGCUGUACCCCAGAAGUAGGUUAUGGGCUAAGACCUACAAACACUGGUUCCCUUGUGAAAAGCAGGUGUGUGUAAAUAUACACACAGCUGCCGCUGGUAUCCCUCACGAUUGUCUCAUUCUCCAGCCCCAACUACCCAGUGGGCCUUAACCCAUAUAUUCUUGUGCUGCAUCCCAGAGGUGGGCUGUGGGUCAUCUCCACUGGGCAUUGGCUGCCCUGAAACUGAGAUGGAGUCCUGCCUGGAGUUUCCUUGGUAGACCUUGUUGCCUAAUCCCAGAGAUGACUACCUGGCAUCCACAGACCUGUAUCUGCCGAUGGUACACCUCAGAGGUGAGGGAUUGGUCAGGAUCUCCAAUAGUCACUGGCUGCCUUGUGACUAGCAAGGAUAGGCAAUUACAUGCACUUCCUAGCAGUGAAUAUACCGAUUCCCAGCCCAUAGACCCACACCUGCUGAUGCUGCAACUAGCAGGCGAGCUCUGGAUUAAGCUCUCCAGCAGACAAUGGCAGCCUGAAAGCUAAGCAAUGCAGGAGUGGACCUGGCGUUCCCACUUGUAUCCCGCUUGGUGGAUCUCGAUACUCAAAUCAGGAGCGACUACCCAGCACCCGCAGAGACAACGCCUUCUGAAGCUGCAUGAGAUGCGACUGAAGAUACUCAACAGGAACUGACUGCCCUUAGACUAGCAGGUCCUGAACCCCACCUGUUUCAGCUGGUAUCUCAUCUUCUUCAGAAAUUCAAAGUGAUUCAGAAUCAAGAUGUGUUGUGAUCACUGCAAAAGACAUGAACUCAUGUAGCAAUGCUAUUUUUGCUGUUGUCAUCUGUGCUAUAAAAUGCUCUACAGCUGCACUUCACAUUAUAUUCUCUGGCAUAUUAAGGUGCUCCGAGCAGAAUAUUUAUUAUUUUCACUCUGUCAUUGGGUAGACCUUAUGUGAAAAAUAAAGGUGGUACAUGUAAAGCAGCAAGAUCUACUGAGAUAUGUGUUUGGUAAUUAUGAGAAGUUGGGAUGAGUGCUCAAUUAGGACACAAGUUAUCAGAAUUUUUCCAAUACUACAUUGUAUCAUAAAC